UCGCAUAGAAUGUGGUCUCACGGCGCACGCGGCUUGUGUUCACCUCGUUCCUGACUUCUGCGGCAUGUCUAUGGCAGUGGCGAAUCAAAUCUUGGAAGGUAUCAAGACUACUAGGAUGAUCACCAAAAACAAGACUUCGUCCUCUCUGAGCGAACGCACGUUGAGGAAGCCAACCAGCCCGACAAGCACUCUGGGCUCUCCUCCCCACAGUGGUGGGCAGGCGCAUUAUGCUGGAGGCUCGCCGGAAGCGACCGAGGCAGCCAAGCUCAUGUACCAGCAGCAGUCGCCGCCGGGCCAGCGGCCGUCGCACCCUGAUCGUACCGCUUCCAGCACAGCUGCGGCGGCGGCAGCAACGGCCGCGAUGAGCGGAACUAUCGCUUCGCAGCCAAAGUCCCAUUCGCAGGAUUACGGGCAGUAUGGUGGACAUCCCGGCUACCCUCCUCAGGCCGAGCAAGAGGAUCCUUACGGCGGGCGCAAGUACAACCCUGCAGAUUACGCGGCAGUCAACCAGCAAGCUGCUUCGUACGCUCAUCAAUCUCCCGUACAACAGCAACAACAACGUCCUGUUCAGCAACAGCAGCAGCAACAACCUCCGCCUCAACAGUACCAGCAGCCACCUCAACAGCAAAUGUAUCAGCAACAGCCCGUCUCCUCGCCUAAGUUGCAGGAGCCUCCUCAAAUCUCGCCCAUUUCGUCAUCUGGAGGCGUUCCCAGUGCCGGUCGUAAGCCUUUGCCAUCUGCUACGGACCCAGGUACUGGCCAGCGUAUUGGUCUGGACCACUUCAACUUCCUAGCUGUGCUGGGUAAGGGCAACUUCGGAAAAGUCAUGCUUGCAGAAACGAAGCGAUCCAAGAGGCUUUACGCCAUUAAGGUGUUGAAGAAGGAAUUCAUUAUCGAGAACGAUGAAGUGGAGAGCAUUCGGUCCGAGAAGAGAGUGUUCCUAAUUGCUAACCGAGAGAGACAUCCCUUUUUGACCAACCUCCACGCAUGUUUUCAGACGGAGACGCGUGUCUACUUUGUCAUGGAGUACAUCAGCGGUGGUGAUCUCAUGCUUCACAUUCAGAGGGGCCAAUUCGGUACCAAGCGAGCUCAGUACGCGCAACCCCUAUCCACUCAACAGUAAGCUGUGCUAAUUCGUUCUAGAUUCUAUGCUGCUGAGGUCUGCUUGGCGCUCAAGUAUUUCCAUGAAAAUGGCGUCAUCUAC